UUCCCUUAGCUGUCAGUAGAAAUGUUUUCCUCAUGUCCAUGGACCAAACUCGGUUUAGCGACCUGCGGCUAGCCACUUAAAUGUAUCCUCGGUUUAAGGGAAACAACUCACCGCUAACUUUUGGAGUUUUAACCCAACAAAAAUGUCUAUAGCGAACUGUUUCCGGAGGAUUGGGCACAAACUUGGACACUACUUUCGUUACCAGACGCACCCACGGUAACGUACUAUCAACAGCUAAAGUUACGGAGCUUUCAAAAGUUGGCACCGUCCUUUAAGUAGAGUUUUAUUUUUAGUCGUUGUAGUUAUCCGUAUUAAAAAUAACUAUGGUAGCCACUUCAACGACGGGGGUAGCAUAGAAAAGGGGUGAAACAGGAUUUAAAGGAGCCGCUGGGCUGCUCGGUUGCGAUGGGCAACCGCGGGAUGGAGGAUCUGAUCCCGCUAGUCAACCGCCUCCAGCACGCGCUGGGCUCCGCGGGGCAGAGCUGCAGCCUCCACCUGCCGCAGAUCGCUGUGGUGGGUGGCCAGAGCGCGGGCAAGAGCUCCGUCCUGGAGAACUUUGUGGGCAGAGACUUCCUUCCACGGGGUUCAGGAAUGGUCACACGCAGACCUUUAAUCCUCCAGCUGCUUACCGCUGACACUGAGCACGGUGAAUUUUUACAUUGUAAAGGAAAGAAGUUCACAGACUUUGAUGAGAUUUGCAGAGAGAUUGAGGCAGAGACACAAAGAAUCACAGGAUCAAAUAAAGGCAUCUCUCCUGUCCCCAUCAACCUACGGAUUUAUUCACCAAACGUGCUGAACCUGACUCUUGUAGACCUGCCUGGCAUCACCAAGGUGCCUGUAGGCGACCAGCCGGCAGACAUAGAGUACCAGAUACGAGACAUGAUCAUGCAGUACAUCUGUAAGGACAACUGUCUCAUCCUGGCUGUCACGCCUGCCAACACUGACCUGGCCAACUCUGAUGCACUCAAACUGGCCAAAGAUGUUGACCCACAGGGCCAGCGCACGAUUGGUGUAAUCACUAAGCUAGACCUGAUGGAUAAAGGAACAGAUGCCCGGAACAUUCUAGAGAACAGGUUGCUUCCCCUACGCAGAGGUUACAUAGGGGUGGUGAACCGCAGUCAGAAGGACGUUGUUGGGAAAAAGGAUAUAAAGGCAGCCCUGCUUGCAGAGAAGAAUUUCUUCUUGUCCCAUCCGUCCUACAAACACAUGGCUGAAAGCAUGGGCACCCCAUAUUUACAAAAAACACUUAACCAGCAACUGACAAACCACAUCAGGGAAAGUCUGCCAGCCUUCCGCAGUCACCUGCAGAGCCAGCUUCUGAGCCUGAACAAAAAGGCUGAAGAGUUCAAACAGUUUAGUCCUGAUGACCCUGCUCGGAGGACCAAGACACUGCUACAGUCAGUCAGUCAAACGUUUUUGAAGUGUGUGUGUUUGUUGUCUUUUAAACUAUUUAUGUCAGUGUUUCUCCUGGUUUAUGUGUUUCUGUCUUCCAGGUUAGCUCAGCGCUUGGCUGUUGACUUUGAGAAGCUCAUCGAGGGCUCAGGUGACACAGUGGACACUGUCAAUCUGUCAGGAGGAGCUAAGAUCAACCGAAUCUUCCAUGAGCGCUUUCCCUAUGAACUGGUCCAGAUUGAGUCAGAUGAGAAGAAGCUGCGGCAAGAGAUCAACUAUGCCAUCAGAAAUAUCCACGGUGUCAGGACAGGUCUGUUCACUCCUGACAUGGCCUUUGAAGCAAUAGUGAAGAAACAGUUAUUAUGUUUAAAGGGGCCCUGCAUUAAAUUUGUUGACAUGGUCAGUCAAGAACUAAUCACCACUCUGUACCAGUGCAUCAACAAGCUCAGUUCUUUUCCCAAACUGCAAGAAGAAACGGAGAGACUUGUUACCACUGAAAUACAAGAGCAAGAGAGUAAAUGCAAAGAGCAGGUAUUGAUGUUAAUUGAAAUACAACUUGCCUAUAUAAAUACCAAACAUGAAGAUUUCAUUGGCUUUACCAUAGCCCAGCAGACGAACAACCAAGCCAACAAGAAGACUAAUGCAGGGAUGGCAGCAAACCAUGGUGUGGCCGCUCCUUCAAGACUAAUAGUCAUACGCAAGGGCUGGCUGACCAUCAGCAACCUCGGCAUCAUGAAAGGUGGAGCCAAAGAAUACUGGUUCAUCCUCAGUGCAGAGAGCCUGUCCUGGUUCAAGGAUGAUGAGGAGAAAGAGAAGAAGUACAUGCUCCACCUGGACAACCUAAGGUUCAGAGAUGUGGAGAAGACCUUCAUGUCCAGCAAGUGUGUCUUCGCUCUCUUCAACACAGAGUUAAGGAACGUGUAUAAAGACUACAAAAGCCUGGAGUUGGCGUGUGGCUCUCAGGAGCAGUUGGACAGCUGGAAGGCGUCUCUGCUGCAGGCCGGAGUUUACCCUGAGAAAGUCGCAGUGGAUGAGCAGGGAAAUGGAGCUCCUGAGAACUUCACAGACCCUCAGUUGGAGCGUCAGGUGGAGACCAUCCGUAACCUGGUGGAAUCCUACAUGAGCAUCAUCUAUAAGACCAUCAAGGACCUCAUGCCAAAGACCAUUAUGCACCUCAUGAUCAACAGUGUGAAGGAGUUCAUUAGCUCUGAGCUCCUGGCCCAGCUCUACGCUCUGGGAGAAUGCUCAGCGCUGAUGGAUGAGUCAACGGAGCAGCAGAAGCACCGGGAGGAAGUUCUCUGCAAGCACGCCGCCCUGAAGGAGGCGCUCGCUGUCAUUGGAAAGUUCUCCACCUCUACCUGCACAACCCCUCUGCCUCCACCUGUAGACUCCUCCUGGAUACGGCCCUCCAGCCCGACACUCCCUAAAAAGACCAGUGGCAGUGUUCGAGGCCAUGCCCCAUCCGUCCCUCGAGUGCCCUCUAAUGCUUCUUCCAAGAGCACCGACAGCCUUCAGCAGAUCGCUAGGCAACAUCACCGUGCUCCACCUAGUGUGCCAAGGAGGCAUCCUCCAGCUAUCCCAAAUGUGAAAUAACAGUAUUUUCUACUCAGAACUCCAUUACCCAUCGAUACAAGUGAUCCUCUAAACCUCAGCUCGCUGCUGCUCAGAGACCUCUGACCUUUGUGAUGUGUCCUCCAGCUGAAGCUCUGCUGGGCUUCUCUCCUCUGGGAGCUGCCGUCUGCUAAUUCACUGAGUCUUGAGCGGCCUGUUUUGUACAUAAUACCAUUGGCCAUAAAUGCCGGAAUGUGCUCGUCUGCCUACUUUCCAAGAGUGCCUGAACCUUGUGUAAAUAGAAAUACCAAAUUUGAGUUAUUCUACUAAAACAGAACGCACAUGCACUAUUUUCAAUGUUUUUGAAUAAACAGGUUAUAUUUUUUAACAUGAA